AUGGCAGACAACAAACUUCCUCAUUCCUCACCACGCACAAGGGAAUAUCCUGAUGAUCCAAAAAGAGAGGUCCUGGAAGCUGCAAUAUGGGGAGAUGCUGAGUUACUUAAUGAAGUUCUUGGAGAGUUGAACAGUGCAGAAAGAAUUUCGGUGCUAGCAGUUCAUAAAUACCCGCAGCAUUUCUCAUUCUUGUCAGCUUUUCCUUAUCAUCUUCAAACAACACCGCUAAUAAAUGCUGUGGAAAAUGAAAAUCUAGAUUGUUUGAAAGUACUUUUGAAGUACAAAGCAGACAUAGAAGGACUAGGAGAUUUAUGUUUUCUAAACCGCCGUACACCUUAUUUUCAUUGGCAACUAUGUACACCUUUGUGUGUUGCUGCUGCUUAUGGAAAUCUUGACAUUUUGAGUUUCUUGCUUGAAAAUGGAGCUGAUAUCAAUGCAGCCAUACGUACUGGUGGUCUCACCCCGCUGAUGCUCGCUGUUCAAAAGUAUCACAGUAACGCAGUAAACUAUCUUCUUGAACAAGGGGCGGAUGUAAACCUGCAAGACAUGGCUGGUUAUACAGCUCUGCACACUGCUGCUGCUUGUGGUAAUUAUAAUGCCUUAAGGUCUUUAAUUUAUUAUGGGGCUGAUGUUAAUGCACGGAACAGGUUCAAUCGUACUCCUUUGAUGUUGGCUUGUCAGGUUGUUAAUAAGGAAGCAAUAAACAACUUUAUAAAUGAGCAUGAUCAUAAAAAGGUUUAUGUUCGAAGAUCACUGUGCCAUUUUAUACGUAGCAACCGCAACUCUUUUGAUGCUGUAACUUUCCUUAUUGAUCAAGGGGCUGAUGUAAACCUGCAAGACAAUAAUGGUCAUUCAGCUUUGCACCAUGCUGUAGCUGAUUGUUUUUAUGAUAAAUUUUCCUUUAAAUGGUUGAUUGUCAGUGAAGCUCAUGUCACCUCUGAUGACUACUGCCCCUGUAAUUUGGUAACUUCCUGUCAAGAUGAUAAUGUGAAUGUAGUAGACUGUCUUGUUCAGAAUGAAGCUAAUAUUGUGGAUCUUCAAGACGAAGAUGGGGAAACAGCCCUUUUCUUUGCUGUACGUAGCAACUGGACCUCUUUUGGCAUAUUAAGUUCUUUGGUUACAAAAGGAGCCAACCUUAACACAAGUAGAAAUGACAAACGCACGCCUCUGAUGGAAGCUAGUUCAAAGAAUGAUGAGAAACAAGUCACUUGGCUUAUUGAACAUGGAGCUGAUGUGAAUCUUCAAGAUGAAGAUGGUAACACAGCUCUUCACUUUGCUUGCAGGUCUCAUGCCUCACUUGAGAUUCUGAGUUGUUUGAUUGAAAACGGGGCCAGUAUCAAUGCAUGUACAAAUUGUAAGGUCACCCCUCUAAUGAUGGCAGUUGAAAAUUGUCACAAAGAUGUAGUCUCUUUUCUAAUUGAACAUGAAGCUAAUGUGGAUCUUCAAGAUGAAGAUGGUGACACAGCUCUUCACUUUGCUUGCAAUUCUGAUCAUGCCUCACUUGAGAUUUUGAGUUGUUUGAUUGAAAACGGGGCCAGUAUCAAUGCAUGUACAGAUUGUAAGAUCACCCCUCUCAUGAUGGCAGUUCAAAAUUGUCACAAAUAUGUAGUCUCUUAUCUAAUUGAACAUGGAGCUAAUGUGGAUCUUCAAGAUGAAGAUGGUGAUACAGCUCUGCACUAUGUUGCAUAUCAAGAAAGCCGUGUGGACAAGACUGAAACUUUCUUGACACUCUCAACUGCUGGAGCGUCGUGUUUGUGUAAAAACAGUAAAGGAUUAACACCCCUUCUUGUAGCCAGUGGUCAAGGCCUUACAGAAGUGGUAGAGUCUUUAAUCCAGCAACCUGAGAUGACAAAAGAGCAAAGAAUUGAUGCUUUAGAGCUACUUGGAGCAUCUCUUGCUCUUGAGGAUGGAGUUGCUGUUGAGGAAGGAUUCGUAUUCAUCAAACGUGGCAUGAUAGAACGGUUUGCUGAUCCUUCCAAUCCUUUGUUGAAGUGCCAAAUGGAACCUGUUGAAGCUUAUCAGAAUAGAAAAGAGAGUCAAACUCUUGAGGAGCUUGUUCAAGUUGAAGAUGACGAAGAUGCUGUAAUCAUGGAAAGCCUAGUUGUUAGAGAGAGAAUCCUGGGAAGGAACAUUGAAGAUCUACUUGAACCAAUUAGAUUUAUUGCUUCUUACUAUGAAGAUGAUGAUUUCCCUACUUCUGCAAGGCUGUACAGACAUGCAAUGAAAAUAGCCCAGCACUGCAGUCAGUCAGCUGUGUGUGAUUUAAGUAACAUUACCAGUGUAUUGGAAAACUGGUUGGAGAGUGAUCUUCCCAAAGAUGACGCAUUUAUUGAAUUGCUUGACCAAACAUUUAUUGAUCACAACCAUGAGAUUUUACAACGGAAUUUGACAGAGAAGCAAGAGCAGUCCCUGUUUGAUUCUUUACUGAGACUUGUUAAAAUGAUGGGCCAGUUUAACUGUUGUGAAGAGGAAGAACCUUCCAAUGCAGCAAUUUUGUUGAAAACUAUUUGUAGAUCAAAUCCUCGAGAUGGUGACAUGAAUACAUUGUUACAUCAGGUCGUCAGAUCUCACUGCGGCAGUCCUUCACAUUUAUACCUUGAGGCAGUGAAGUUUCUUUUGAAUGCAGGAUUCAGUGCAAAUUCCAUCAACACCAGAGGGGAGACUCCACUUCACUUAGCUGUCACUUUAUGUCCCGGAGAUGAGAACAUCCAUCUUUUGACUGAAAUGUUGGAGGUUUUGUUUAAUGGAGGUGCUCAUCAUGAUUUUGUCAACCAUCAUGGUAAAACACCCAUGGACAUGGCUGAAACUGAUGAAGCUCGCAUAAUUCUUUCAGCGAGAAGAAAACUGGAGUUAAAGUGCAUCAGUGCCAAAGCUGUAAAAAAAUUUGGAAUUCCUUAUUUGGGGGUAGUACCCAAAACAUUAGAGAAAUACAUUAGCAUGCAUUAA